AUGAAAGGAAAAAACCGCUCUUUAUUUGUUCUCCUAGUUUUAUUAUUGUUACACAAGGUAAAUAAUGUAUUAUUAGAACGAACAAUUGAAACCCUUCUAGAAUGCAAAAAUGAAUAUGUGAAAGGUGAAAAUGGUUAUAAAUUAGCUAAAGGACACCACUGUGUUGAGGAAGAUAACUUAGAACGAUGGUUACAAGGAACCAAUGAAAGAAGAAGUGAGGAAAAUAUAAAAUAUAAAUAUGGAGUAACGGAACUAAAAAUAAAGUAUGCGCAAAUGAAUGGAAAAAGAAGCAGCCGCAUUUUGAAGGAAUCAAUUUACGGGGCGCAUAACUUUGGAGGCAACAGUUACAUGGAGGGAAAAGAUGGAGGAGAUAAAACUGGGGAGGAAAAAGAUGGAGAACAUAAAACUGAUAGUAAAACUGAUAACGGGAAAGGUGCAAACAAUUUGGUAAUGUUAGAUUAUGAGACAUCUAGCAAUGGCCAGCCAGCGGGAACCCUUGAUAAUGUUCUUGAAUUUGUGACUGGGCAUGAGGGAAAUUCUCGUAAAAAUUCCUCGAAUGGUGGCAAUCCUUACGAUAUUGAUCAUAAGAAAACGAUCUCUAGUGCUAUUAUAAAUCAUGCUUUUCUUCAAAAUACUGUAAUGAAAAACUGUAAUUAUAAGAGAAAACGUCGGGAAAGAGAUUGGGACUGUAACACUAAGAAGGAUGUUUGUAUACCAGAUCGAAGAUAUCAAUUAUGUAUGAAGGAACUUACGAAUUUGGUAAAUAAUACAGACACAAAUUUUCAUAGGGAUAUAACAUUUCGAAAAUUAUAUUUGAAAAGGAAACUUAUUUAUGAUGCUGCAGUAGAGGGCGAUUUAUUACUUAAGUUGAAUAACUACAGAUAUAACAAAGACUUUUGCAAGGAUAUAAGAUGGAGUUUGGGAGAUUUUGGAGAUAUAAUUAUGGGAACGGAUAUGGAAGGCAUCGGAUAUUCCAAAGUAGUGGAAAAUAAUUUGCGCAGCAUCUUUGGAACUGAUGAAAAGGCCCAACAGCGUCGUAAACAGUGGUGGAAUGAAUCUAAAGCACAAAUUUGGACAGCAAUGAUGUACUCAGUUAAAAAAAGAUUAAAGGGGAAUUUUAUAUGGAUUUGUAAAUUAAAUGUUGCGGUAAAUAUAGAACCGCAGAUAUAUAGAUGGAUUCGAGAAUGGGGAAGGGAUUACGUGUCAGAAUUGCCCACAGAAGUGCAAAAACUGAAAGAAAAAUGUGAUGGAAAAAUCAAUUAUACUGAUAAAAAAGUAUGUAAGGUACCACCAUGUCAAAAUGCGUGUAAAUCAUAUGAUCAAUGGAUAACCAGAAAAAAAAAUCAAUGGGAUGUUCUGUCAAAUAAAUUCAUAAGUGUAAAAAACGCAGAAAAGGUUCAGACGGCAGGUAUCGUAACUCCUUAUGAUAUACUAAAACAGGAGUUAGAUGAAUUUAACGAGGUGGCUUUUGAGAAUGAAAUUAACAAACGUGAUGGUGCAUAUAUUGAGUUAUGCGUUUGUUCCGUUGAAGAGGCUAAAAAAAAUACUCAGGAAGUUGUGACAAAUGUGGACAAUGCUGCUAAAUCUCAGGCCACCAAUUCAAAUCCGAUAAGUCAGCCUGUAGAUAGUAGUAAAGCGGAGAAGGUUCCAGGAGAUUCUACGCAUGGAAAUGUUAACAGUGGCCAAGAUAGUUCUACCACAGGUAAAGCUGUUACGGGGGAUGGUCAAAAUGGAAAUCAGACACCUGCAGAAAGCGAUGUACAGCGAAGUGAUAUUGCCGAAAGUGUAAGUGCUAAAAAUGUUGAUCCGCAGAAAUCUGUAAGUAAAAGAAGUGACGACACUGCAAGCGUUACAGGUAUUGCCGAAGCUGGAAAGGAAAACUUAGGCGCAUCAAAUAGUCGACCUUCUGAGUCCACCGUUGAAGCAAAUAGCCCAGGUGAUGAUACUGUGAACAGUGCAUCUAUACCUGUAGUGAGUGGUGAAAACCCAUUGGUAACCCCCUAUAAUGGUUUGAGGCAUUCGAAAGACAAUAGUGAUAGCGAUGGACCUGCGGAAUCAAUGGCGAAUCCUGAUUCAAAUAGUAAAGGUGAGACGGGAAAGGGGCAAGAUAAUGAUAUGGCGAAGGCUACUAAAGAUAGUAGUAAUAGUUCAGAUGGUACCAGCUCUGCUACGGGUGAUACUACUGAUGCAGUUGAUAGGGAAAUUAAUAAAGGUGUUCCUGAGGAUAGGGAUAAAACUGUAGGAAGUAAAGAUGGAGGGGGGGAAGAUAACUCUGCAAAUAAGGAUGCAGCGACUGUAGUUGGUGAGGAUAGAAUUCGUGAGAACAGCGCUGGUGGUAGCACUAAUGAUAGAUCAAAAAAUGACACGGAAAAGAACGGGGCCUCUACCCCUGACAGUAAACAAAGUGAGGAUGCAACUGCGCUAAGUAAAACCGAAAGUUUAGAAUCAACAGAAAGUGGAGAUAGAACUACUAAUGAUACAACUAACAGUUUAGAAAAUAAAAAUGGAGGAAAAGAAAAGGAUUUACAAAAGCAUGAUUUUAAAAGUAAUGAUACGCCGAAUGAAGAACCAAAUUCUGAUCAAACUACAGAUGCAGAAGGACAUGACAGGGAUAGCAUCAAAAAUGAUAAAGCAGAAAGGAGAAAGCAUAUGAAUAAAGAUACUUUUACGAAAAAUACAAAUAGUCACCAUUUAAAUAGUAAUAAUAAUUUGAGUAAUGGAAAAUUAGAUAUAAAAGAAUACAAAUACAGAGAUGUCAAAGCAACAAGGGAAGAUAUUAUAUUAAUGUCUUCAGUACGCAAGUGCAACAAUAAUAUUUCUUUAGAGUACUGUAACUCUGUAGAGGACAAAAUAUCAUCGAAUACUUGUUCUAGAGAGAAAAGUAAAAAUUUAUGUUGCUCAAUAUCGGAUUUUUGUUUGAACUAUUUUGACGUGUAUUCUUAUGAGUAUCUUAGCUGCAUGAAAAAGGAAUUUGAAGAUCCAUCCUACAAGUGCUUUACGAAAGGGGGCUUUAAAGACAAGACUUACUUUGCCGCGGCGGGAGCGUUGCUGAUACUGCUGUUGUUAAUUGCUUCAAGGAAGAUGAUCAAAAAUGAUUCUGAAGAAGCUACAUUUAAUGAGUUUGAAGAAUACUGUGAUAAUAUUCACAGAAUCCCUCUGAUGCCUAACAAUAUUGAACACAUGCAGCCAUCAACCCCCCUGGAUUAUUCAUGA